AUUGGGUUUACCAUCACGCGCAUGCGCAUCUCACAUCUACAACAGGCCCGUGUACGGAGACAGAGUAACAGCAUUGGCCUGGUGAGAGACUGCCUUUAACCUGAAUGAGUCAUGGCCCAGUUCGGGGGACAGAAGAAUCCGCCAUGGGCGACUCAAUUUGCUCCCACAGCAGUAUCUCAGCCAGGUCACUCAGGACAGUCGCUUGACCUUAACAGCCUUCACUCUCUUGGGGUGCAGCAGCCAUCUCUUCUGGGAGCAUCUCCCUCUGUUUACCCUCAGCAGUCAGCCUUGGCAGCAGCCUCUCUCAGCAACCAGUCUGCAGCAAACUAUCAGCUGUCUCAGCAAACUGCUGCUUUGCAGCAGCAAGCUGCAGCAGCUGCUGCAGCAGCACUACAGCAGUCUCAGAUCAAUACGGCACUCCAGCAGUAUCAGCAGCAGCAACAGCAACAACAACAGCAACAGCAGCAGCCUCCCCAACAGCCCCCACAACAGCAGCUGUACAAUGUACCUCAUCAGCUUCCUCAGCCUCAACAGGCACUGAUCUCUCAGCCCCCCGUCGCCUUGCCCACAAGCCUGAGCUUGUCAAACCCGCAGCAGACGGCACAGAUAACCGUGUCAUAUCCAACACCGCGUUCAAGCCACCAACAGCAGACACAGCCACAGAAGCAACGAGUCUUCACGGGUGUCGUCAAUAAGCUGCAUGAUACAUUUGGCUUUGUAGAUGAAGAUGUCUUCUUUCAACUAAGUGCUGUAAAGGGGAAGACUCCCCAGGUGGGUGACAGGGUCCUAGUGGAAGCUGUGUACAACCCGAAUAUGCCCUUCAAGUGGAACGCUCAGCGAAUCCAGACUUUACCUCAGCUAGCAAAUCAGUCGCAUCAGCAGCAGCCUCAGCCUUUACCUCAAGCUUCCCCACAGCUCGGCAGCCUUUACAAUGAGCCAGGGAUGCAGCUGCGCUACACAGACAUGCACUCCACUGCGGACAACAGACAAAAUAGUCAGCCCCAAGCUCCCAAUAUGAUGAAGGCAGCCCCAACCAUGCUGCAGUCUUUACCUCCCCCAACCACAUUCAGUGUUCCGGCCCAGGCACCCCCUCCUUCCCUCCUGCAGGCCCAGCUUUCUGCUGCCUCUCUGGCCCCGCUCCUCCAAAACCCUCCUCAGCCUCUGCUUCCGCAGCCUCCACCCAAAGAUGUGUUUCCUGGUGGUCUUCUUCAGCCUCCAGUGAGAAUGAUGCCACAGCCACAGCCUGUACGACGAAUCGAACCGCCACCUCGUUUCCCCACCCGCAAUGAUCGAGGUCCGGAGCUCAUCCUCCGAUCAAAAGAAGAGCGCAGAGACAGAGACCGUGAGCGCAGGCGAUCCAGGGAACGCUCACCCACCCGUAAACGUUCCCGAGACCGGUCACCCAGACGCGAACGCUCCCCGAGAAGGCCUCGCAGGGUGGUUCCCCGCUACACUGUCCAGUUUUCCAAGUUCAGCUUGGAUGGCUCCAGCUGUGACUUGAUGGAGCUGAGAAGGCGCUAUCAGAGUCUCUACAUUCCCAGUGACUUCUUUAAUGCAGUCUUCACCUGGGUGGAUGCUUUUCCUCUUUCUCGACCGUUCCAUUUUAGUAAUGCUUGCAACUUUCACAUCUUGCAUAAAGAGGUGGAUCCUUUUAUCAAAAACACAGCCGUGCUGGACCCUCCUGAUGUUAAUCACACCUACAGUGCAAAGGUAAUGCUGCUUGCUAACCCCAGUAUAGAGGAACUCUAUCACAAGUCAUGUGCUCUGGCAGAGGAUCCCCAGGAAGUCAGGGACUCCUUCCAACAUCCUGCUAGACUUAUCAAGUUUUUGGUGGGCAUGAGGGGUAAAGAUGAGGCCAUGGCCAUUGGUGGUCACUGGUCUCCCUCUCUGGAUGGAGCUGACCCAGAGAAGGAUCCAUCAGUCCUUAUUAAGACAGCCAUACGCUGUUGCAGGGCACUCACAGGCAUAGACCUUAGUCUGUGCACUCAGUGGUAUCGUUUUGCAGAGAUUCGCUAUCAUCGGCCGGAGGAGACACACAAGGGGCGGACAGUCCCUGCUCAUGUGGAGACAGUGGUUUUGUUUCUUCCGGAUGUUUGGCAUUGUCUUCCUACCCGCUCAGAGUGGGAGGUGCUGUCACGGCGACUCCGGGAGCAGCUGGCUGAGAAGCUGUCGGCCGAGCGAAAGGAGGCGGAUGGAGAACAGGAGGAAGAGGAAAAGGAUGAUGACGAGUCGAAGGAUGUUAGUACUCCCACUCACUGGACUAAACUUGACCCGAAAUCAAUGAAGGUUAAUGACCUGCGCAAAGAGCUUGAUUGUCGAUCUCUAAGCUCCAAGGGUUUAAAGUCACAACUGAUUGCUCGCCUCACAAAGCAGCUGAAGGUGGAGGAGCAGGUGGAGGAGUCCAAGGAACCUGAAAAAACAGAGAGCAAAGUUACAGAGGAAGAGGAGCCCCCUCGAGCUGAAGAUGACAAAGAGGAAGAGGAAAGGAAGAGACAGGAGGAGAUUGAGCGUCAACGGAGAGAAAGACGCUACAUCCUCCCUGAUGAACCCACCAUCCUCGUACAUCCCAACUGGGCUGCUAAGAAUGGCAAAUUUGAUUGCAGUGUCAUGUCUCUGAGUGUGCUACUGGACUACAGACUGGAAGAUAACAAGGAACACUCUUUUGAAGUUUCCCUGUUUGCUGAGUUGUUUAAUGAGAUGCUACAGAGAGACUUUGGCCAUCGUAUAUAUAAAGCCCUCGCUGCUCUUCCUACCAAAGAGGAGAAGAAGGAAAAGAAGGCCAAAAAGGAGGCAGAAAAGAAAGAGGCUGAAAAGCGUGACCUAAAAAAGGAAAGAGAAGAAGAGGGUGAGGAGCCAGCAGCAAAAAAGACCAAAGAAGAUGAAGAAGAGAAGAGAAAGUACGAGGAAAGGACCAUCAAGAAGGAGGAGUCUCGAGAUGAGGAGGAGAAUGAAGAUGAUGGCAGUACUGCCAAUGCUGAAGAAUAUGACCCUAUGGAGGCUGAAGAUGUAGAUGAUGAUGAGGAUGAAGACAAAGAUGAUGAUGACUCCAACGACAGAGACAGAAAAGACCGUAAAGAUGACCGCAAGUCAUCUAAAGAGAGAUCCUCUAAAGACAAGGAGAAGAAGCAGAUGGUCACAUACAACAAGGAGCUACUCAUGGCUUUUGUCUACUUUGACCAAAGUCACUGUGGUUAUUUGCUGGAGAGAGACCUGGAGGAGAUCUUGUACACACUGGGACUGCAUCUGUCUCGUGCACAGAUAAAAAAGCUUUUGAACAAACCAGUGGUCAGAGAGUCUUGUUACUACCGAAAACUCACAGACAGAGGAAAGGAUGAAGCUGCUCCCUCCUUUACUGAAGCUCAGAUAGAAAACCUAAUAGGUAAUCGAGGACUGCUUCCUACUCCAAAAGCUCGCGCUCAGUCAGAGGCCAGUGAGUCUGGUAAUCUGAUCGUGUACAACGGAGCCAUGGUUGACAUUGGCAGCAUGAUGCAGAAAUUGGAGAAGAGUGAGAAGGCGAGAGAGGAGAUAGAGCAGAAGCUCAUGGUGCAGGAUGCCAGAAUGGAGGAAGAUGCAAAGGUUAAAGCUCAGUUGGAGCAAGCCAACAAAUCCCUGUCCAAGGAGCUGCAGGAAGUGAAAAGUACUCUCAGCCAAACUGAGGAGACUCUGAAGGUCGUGGAGGAGCAGAAGAGCAUCUAUCAUGAGCAGAUGAGCAAGACGGCCAACUCCUUGAUGUCUACCGUCAAAGGGCUGCUGGAAGUGCUGAAAAAGGAUCAAGUGGAUGAGUCUGGCGUUGAGGGAACCGGCGAUCACAUUCAGACAUCUCAAACAAAUGGCGCUAAUGAAUGAGUAACACUUUUCAUAUGAAGCUGGCCUGUAAAACGGAUCUUAAGUUGUAAAUAUUCAUUCAACGUGUAGUUUGACUGUUUCAUUUGAACCCACUGUGUCCCAAAUACAUGUAUAAUUUAAUUAACCCUUUGUGUGUAGUUGACCCUCAUUUUUGUUUCACAGGAGUUUUUUUUUUUUUUUUUUUUUUGAGUAAUUUUAACCAUGACAAAGCGUUGAAGCGCUUAUUUUCCAAGCGAGUUAAAUUUUGUCGCUAACAUUUCUUUUUGCCUUUUCUUCAGCUUUGUUUUGGCUAAUAAAGUGCCACGUUGUGGAUUUAAAUGCCAGUAUGUGUGAGUAGUACUUAAGUUGAUUUUGUUUAUCUGAUGAGCAAUAAUGAUGUUAUUUAUGUGCAAGAGAAUUCAUAAAGAACUAUAUUUAAAAGAAACUAGUUUUGGAUGGAAAAGGAUUGGGAUGGUUUCCAUUUGGUUUGGGUUUAAUUUCUUUAUGAACAAUCCCUCUCUGCUGUCUACUAUGACGGUGUUCCAUUAACAUUCAGCUUGUGCGUCUACCAGUUGACUGGUUUAACAGGUUUGCACAUUUUCUUUUCACACACAUACGGCUAUGCAUGGUUCCUGCCUCUCUCGGACCUUCUCUCCGUCUGCACCUCCUGACCGUGUCCACAGACUGACUGGGCUCCCACUUGCAGUGUUUCAUGUCUUUACUGUAACGAGCUUUUCUCUGGUUUUCUGAAAAAGGAAACUGUACAUGAACCAAAAGUUAAGCUCAAUGAAUGUGUGUUCAGCUGAAGGAAUGAACAUGAAUAUUUUGAGAUCCAUUUCUGAACUGCGUGUGUUGGUUUGGGUUCUUAAAAAGAGGCACAAUUGCAUUUAAUGGCCUUGAAAGCAGGCAAUUUUAUUUUUCUAUUAAAAAUGUACUUUAUGGAUGUCUCGUGCAAGAGUAAAGUGGUUCUUUUAACACUA